AUGAACGACGGCAGCAGCGGCAACGACAAGAGCGUCGUUGUUGGUGUUGGAGCACUCGAUCCAGAGGAACUGGCGCGUGCGACGGCGGUGCUCAUGAGCUUCCGGCCAAAGCAGAUCCUGUCCGCCGACCAGUUCAGCAGCGACCACACCAGCGACGUUGUGGGCGGAAACAGUGAGUUCGCUUCACAGCUGCACCGCCUGCCGUCGCUGUCGGGGCCACCAAGCACGUCCUCUGCAAAGUCCCGCCUCGCAGCCGCCGCUGAUGCGCGGCCGCUGCCACUCCCCACCGUCGAGUUGCACCCAGAGCAGGUUGCCUUCCUUACCUCCGUCGGCGAGGUUGCGAAGCGGCUCGCGCUGCGGAACAGGCCGUGCGAUGGUGGUGGCGAGGCGGGCGACGCAGAUCACGACUGCGAUGUGGAGUCGCCGCUGCUGUGGCAAGAAACAAAGCUGUCGAUUGACACACUUGUGCGGACAGAGGGGCAGCGCGUGCGGCUGCGCUUUGUUCACGCCUGCCCAACCCGCCGUCCAAGAGCCCACGAAACAACAACAACAUCAGCAGCAGUGGCAGGAACAUCAGCAGUGAAUGACGAUGAUGACAGCAAUCGGGCACCACUGGUGCGGCGUGAUGCGGCCCUAAGUCUCUGCACGAUCCUCGCCUCCUUCGCGCCACCCAAGGCGUCGUACUGGCAAGAUGACCGUAUUGUAGAGCCAUACCUCGGCGAGUCCUACGGCCCAUCGCCGCACCGCCAGCGUCGUGGAAGGGGUGAAGACAGCGGUGACAUCGAGCGGGACGAGGACUUCGGCGCUGUGGAUGAUGACAGCUGGCGCGAGGAAGUAAACUACACGGCUGAUGCCAACGGCGACAGCGAUGGGUUUGACGAGAUGAGUGGUGUCAUCAACCAACGUUGCCGCGAUGACAGUGCGAUGCGGUCCUACGCCAAGGUGCUCGCGCACCACCGCUGCAGGAAUGAUCCCGUCUUCUACAACGCCUUUUUUCUCGACACAGGCAACAUCACCGAUGGGGAGCGCCGUAAGAAACUCAUUGUGCUGCCCUCCUACCGCGCGUCUGUCAUCUCCUUCGUCGACAAGAAGGUGCUGAAGAAGGACAUCAACAACGAUUUCUAUGUGCAACACCCGGAGCUCGAGAUACGCGAGAUCAAGCUCACCCACGUGCGGGCAAUACGCGCCGACCUACUGAACUUUGCGCUGGAGGAGAACUCCCCGAUCGAGGUGGUCACCGUCGCGUACGCCAACUGGUACUUCGAGCGGCUCAUCAUGCGCGGCAUGGUUGGCAAGCGCAACCGCCGGCUCGCUCUCGCUGCCUGCGUGCUGCUCGCGAUCAAGUUCGUGGAGACAGGUGAUAUUCACAAGAAGAUCCACUACGCCAAGACGCGCUUCCGGCAGGACGAGGCCUUCGCCGGCGUGACAUGGCAGAAGGUGCAGGCGUGGGAGUUCCGCGCGUACGUCGGGCUCGACUUCACGCUGAUGCCGGAGAGCGGCAACAAGGUCGUCGAGACGCACAUGGAGCGGCUGCUGGGGCAGAUCAACGUCACGUUGCAGGAGUACUACAGUAAGAAAUUCGCACUGCCGUAG